CUGCUUUAGUAGCGUAACUUCUAUUCAAACAUCUUUUGUCUUCUAUUAUAAUUGCCGUCUUCAUACUCAAGACAAUUCUUAAUCGUAAUAGUUGAUAAACUUCAAAGACAACUGAUAAUUACUGUAAUAAUAUUCUCCCUCAGAAGAACCUUCCUUCCUUCGUCAGUUUUGAUUAGCAUCAGGAUUUUGGGAAAUGCAUGUUGUUUAAUGGUACUACAUGGAACAUUACCAAUAGCAACUCUUAAAGUGUAUGAGACAACAGUGAAUUAUUGUAUGCAUAUUUAACAAAUUUAAACAACAAGUAAAAUUUGUUUUGAAUAUUAGAUUCAUACAUCAGCAGUGACAUCUGGUUGUAGUCCUUCAAGAUAUUGUACUGAAUUCUUAACAGAUUUAUUCGGUAUUUAUUUGUUAACAAUUGUGUGUUAAGAGUUGUGAAUUGAACACAUUGUCAUUACAGAACAGGACAGGACAUAAGGCUGAAAUGAAUCCAGGACAUUCUUUAGAAUUUCCUUUGAAAAGUGAAACUGAAGGUGCAUUAUCACUACCUUCCAUAAAUCAAGAAAACAGCAACUUGGCUGCCUGUAGUGGAACCAGUGAUGAAGACUUUUUGUCCCUGGAUCCAUUGAUGGACAUCAAAAUAGAACCAGAGGAAUUCUGUGAGUCUAAUGAAGAUGAUGACUAUUCAUAUGAAAUGAAUUCAACAGUGAAUGAAAAACAACCUCAAACUUGCAAGAAUGAAGUAAAACAAGAAAGAAGGAAUAGUCACAAUAAAGCGAAGCCUUUCGUAUCCACUGACUGUGAGAAAACAUUUCACAAGAAAAUUAAUCUUACAAGGGAUAUCACAAAUCCUACCAGAGAGAAAUUCAUGUGCAAUGACUGUGGGAAAGCAUUUUCCCAGAAAAUAAGUCUUAUAGUUCAUAUGAGAAUCCAUACCGGAGAGAAGCCAUUCAUUUGCAAGGAAUGUGGGAAAGGAUUUUCCGUGAAAAGUAAUCUUAUAGUUCAUAUGAAAAUCCAUACUGGAGAGAAGCCAUUUAUGUGCAAGGAAUGUGGGAAAGCAUUUUCCCAGAAAGUAUGUCUUACACGUCAUAUGAGUUUGCAUACUGGAGAGAAGCCAUAUAUGUGCAAGGAAUGUGGGAAAGCAUUUUCCCAGAAACCAGAUCUUACUAGUCAUAUGAGAAUCCAUACCGGAGAAAAGCCAUUCACGUGCGAGGAAUGUGGGAAAGCAUUUUCCAAGAAAUCAAGUCUUACACUUCAUAUGAGAUUGCAUACUGGAGAGAAGCCAUAUAUGUGCAACCAAUGUGGGAAAGCAUUUUCCCGGAAAUCAAGUCUUCCUCUUCAUAUGAGAUUGCAUACUGGAGAGAAGCAAUAUAUAUGCAAUGAAUGUGGGAAAGCAUUUCCCAAGAAAGUAUGUCUUACAAGUCAUAUAAGAUUGCAUACUGGAAAGCAGGCAUAUAUGUGCAACGAAUGUGGGAAAGCAUUUCCCCAGAAAUCAAAUCUUAUAGCUCAUAUGAGAAUCCAUACCGGAGAAAAACCAUUCAUGUGUAAGGAAUGUGAUAAAGCAUUUUCCCAGAAACCAAAUCUUACAAAUCAUAUGAGAAUCCAUACUGGAGAGAAUCCAUUCAUAUGCAAGGAAUGUGGGAAAGCAUUUCCCCAGAAAUCAAAUCUUAUAGCUCAUAUGAGAAUCCAUACUGGAGAAAAACCAUUCAUGUGUAAGGAAUGUGAUAAAGCAUUUUCCCAGAAACCACAUCUUACAAAUCAUAUGAGAAUCCACACUGGAGAGAAGCCAUUCAUGUGCAACGAAUGUGGGAAAGCAUUUUACCAGAAAUCACAUCUUACACGUCAUAUGAGGUUGCAUACUGGAGAGGAAAAGGAAACAACAUGAUAAAAUAAACCAGUUAAGGCAGAGAUCUCUCAAAUGACCAACUAUAUGAGAGAUCAAAAUCACUCACAAAAUCUUCAAGAAAAUUUGGAAAAUAAAGAAAAAAUACAGAAUAUGGAAUGAACAAAAGAGUGGAAAACUGGCAGAACGCCAAGCCAAUAUAAAGGCCCUAGCUGCACAAAUAGGAAACAGAUAAAUAGAUAGUUUGGUGAAAAUCCAAAGAUUGUGUAUAGGAAGAUGACGAAAGAAACUGUGGAGGUAUGAACACCACCAAGCAAGGAAGACCUAGAGAGAUUUUGGAAGCCACUGUUUGAAGACCCUAGACAAAACCAAGAGAAUUCAUGGAUUGACACCAUUAGACAGAAGAACAGCCAGAAAUAGCAAAUACCACCAGUGAACUUCACUAUAGAAAAAGUAACAAAACCAUAAGCAUAUAAUAAUUUCAAGACACCAGGAAUAGACAAGAUCUCAAAUAUCUGGCUAUAAAACAUCACAGCACUACACCACACUUAUGCACAAGCCUUCUCAAGAAUAGUAAGAGGAGAAGAAUCACAAGAGUGGCUCACAACAGGAAGCCCCAACCUUCUCCCUAAGAGCUCUUGAGACUGAGCUCCCUAACAAAUAUAGGCCCAUCUGCUGUCUACCAACAACCUACAAAUGGCUCACAUGAGUCGGAGCAGACGAGAUCUGUGAACACCUAGAUCAAGGCAAAUAUAUGGAAAAAGAACAAAAAGGAUGCACAAGAAACAAACUUAGCAAUAAAGGUCAGCUGCUAAUAAACAAAACUACAUUAGAAGAUUGUAAGAAAAGACAAAGGAACCUUAAUGUGGCUUGGAUAGAUUACAAGAAGGCAUUUGACAGCGUCCCACACACCUCGAUACUCAAAAUUAUGGAACUAUAUAACAUCUUCAAGGAAAUAAGAUCUUUCCUGGCAAUACAUAUAAGUGGAAGACCACUCUCUGUCUAAAACACUCUUGAGGGCCAGAUAGUAAUUCCAAACAUAAAGAUCCAAUGAGGAAUAUUCCUGGGUGUCAGCCUCUCACCACUUCUCUUCUGCUUGACCAUAGAUUCACUUAGUAAAAUCUUGAACAACAUUAACACUGGCUAUGACCUAAGCAAAAGCAGAAGCAGAAAAGAGAAUAAAAGAGUGAACCACCUGCUCUUCAUGGAUGACCUGAAGUUGUCUGCAGAUUCAGAAGAAAAACUGGAAGAAUUAGUUAGGACAGUCCACCAAUUCUCAAAUGACACCUGCAUGGAAUUUGGGUUGGACAAGUGUGCCAAGAGUACAAUAAAGAGAGGGAAGAGAGUAACAUCAGAAGGUAGAGGAAGGCAUGUUUGUUGAAGACCUGACAGAGGAGUCUGCAUGUAAGUACUUGGGAAUAGAAGAAAACAGUGGUAUGGAACACAAGAAAGUGAGAGAAAAGAUAAAGAAAGAAUAUAUCAGCCACUUAAAGAAUUAACACCAAAGAACAAGAUCACUGCCAUAAACCAGCUGGUGAUAUAUGGUUUUUGCAUUGUAGACUGGCCACAAGGUGAGUUAGACAGGAUGGAUAUUAAAUCCAGGAAGAAUCACCCUACAUAAAGUUACAUACAGACACCAAUGUAUGGACAGAAUAUACCUCCCUUGUAGAGAAGGUGGAUUAGGCGUGACUGAGAUCAAUCAGGCCUACAGAGCACCAAUAGUAAGUAUAGGGCAGUACUUGAAAAGCUCUGAGGACGAAAACAUCAAAAAGGUUGCCCAACACCAUAAUGAAGCCCUGAGCCUACUAACAUCAAUAACAAAACUGGCCAAGAACUUUGCAGGAAGAUAUAUAGAAGGAGGUGAUAUGAGACCUGAUAUUAUGAUCUAGAACAAGGAGGAAUAAACAGCAAAGAUUAUAGAUGUGACAGUACCCAGUGACUUUGGCCUCAAUAGAGCUGCAAGGCAUAAAAUAACAAAAUACCAAGACCUGAAGAAUGACCUGAAAAGCACAUGGGAACUGAAGGAAAUAGAAAAAAAAUACCUUUGGUGGUAGGAGCAACAGGACUUAUAAAGAAAAAUCUGAGAAAAUAUCUUCAGGGUAUCCGAAGUUGCCCAGUAUAAAUGAGGUGCAGAUUGCUGCCCCCAAAGCAAUGGUAAACACUUUGAAACGAACCCUUAGAUAUAAGGCUAGUGGAAUUUUGAGGUGCACCCAUAGACCCCAGGCUGGGGCCCAUUGCACCCCUGAUAUAAAUGGAAAAUUAAGAAUAACAUAAGCGAAAGAGAAACCAUAUAGUUGCUCUAUAUGUCAAAGAGUUUUUCUCAACCAAGUCCUCUCAAAAGACAAGAGAAUUCACACUAGACAGAAACUGUUUACUUGAUCUCUGUCCAAGUAGUUUUUAUUACAUGAUUUUAUUUAACUUGACUCCUGCGUCUGUUUUGAAUGAAGGUGUCUCAAAAGGUGUGUGAAAACUCCUGCUAGAAAGAAGUCAUAUCCUGUAUCUGCACUUGGUUUCCAAGAAGUCAUUUUUUUUUUCUUUCAUUAGGUUCAUCUUAGAGUGAAUGUGUUAACUCAAGAAAGAUGUCAUUCUUCCACAUAUGUGAGCACUCAUGGAGGAUAGAUAUUGUUCUUUUACACUGCAUGUUGUACUUUUGUCUUCUAUUCUGCAAAUCACAGUCAUUGGUUCUGAAUGCCAGACUGUUUUUCAGGUGUCAAAAUGCACAAGCAAAGUCACUCAUCAGAGAGGAUGUUCAGUUCCACUGACAGAUUUGUUAAUGUUUUGCACCCCAAAGUAAGUUGCACUUGAUGUGGAGAUAAUUAUUGUGAACUUGUCAGCAAAAUCUAUAGAAAAAAAGGCAACAGCAACCUAAGGGAAGAUAAAAAGAAAAACCAUAUUUAUAUUUUUAUGAUCCAAUUCAUGACCAUCAUCAUUGCUGUUACUCAAAGAAGAGAAGGAGAAUCUGGAGGAGGGUCUCACUGAAAAUGCAGAUGAAGGCUCUUCAUUUGCAGAGUCUUUAUUAGAAGUCAAGGCAGAGCCAAAGUAUUUUGGCCAGAGUGAAUUUGAUGCAAAAUGGUUGUGUAAUCUUUAUGCAAAGGUAAAAUAACUUACUUUGUUUUUUCUUACAAUUGUUCUCAAUGAACACUGCAAAGUGUUAGGUUAAGAAACUUUCCUUUGCCUUCUCCACUCUUCUUGUUCCUGUGUAUUUUUUGUAUGAUUUCCAAAUAAAGAAUUAGUAUUGUCUUUGGCUGACAUGAAGUUUUCUUCCUUUUGUUACUCAGCAUUGUGCAUAUAUGCACUUGUAUAUGUAGUUGUAAGCUUGAAUAUUUCCAUGAAAUGUUAUUCUUAGUGGAACUAGAAAGGACUGAUAUCUUCAUUAAACUUCAAUGAAAUUUAGGUGCAGUUUUGAUUAUUUUUUAUAUGUUCCUGGUUUUAAUCUUCUACAAAGAAUGUGCUACAGCAUUUGUAAGUAAAUCCUAAUGCCUUGUAUUCACCAGUCUGAAGUGUUUAGACUUGACUAGUUAUGUAAAUGACUAAAGUGAUGUGUUACU